UUUAGGCACAAACAGUGGUUGUGGGAGUGGUUGUGUGUGUGUGGACGGGAGGCUGGCACUCUCCUGGUUGCGGCGUCGCCUUUUUGUUUGUGUUGAGGUGGCCGCCUCUCGGGCUCGAUCCUCCACCCCUCAGAUAUAAAGUCCCCACCCCCUCCCUCAACUCCUAUCCAAGCUCGUCCCCGACCAUGGUCAGUAGGAGGCGAGCAGACAACGUGAUCCUCCCCGCCCUUCCCUGAGCCUCCUGCUCGCUGGCGCUCGGCGCCGUCGGACGUGCGGAGAUGUCGCUGCCCUGCUGCGUUUCGCAGCUGGCCUGCUGCUGUGGUUCCAGCGACUGCUCUCUCUGCUGCAGCAGCUGUCCAAAUAUUAAAACCUCCACGGGGACCCGGGUCAUGUAUACUCUCUACCACAUUCUGGGGACCAUUGUCUGCUUCCUUAUGUUGUCUCCAACCGUGGGAGAAGCAUUGAGGACACAUGUUCCCUUCUACAAUGAAUUUUGUAAGACCAUUCAAGCGGGUGCUGACUGUGAAAAACUCGUUGGCUACUCUGCUGUUUACAAGGUCUGCUUCGGAAUGGCUGUAUUCUUCUUCAUUUUCUUUAUCCUGAUGAUCAAUGUUAAAACCAGUAAAGAUUGUCGCGCGUACCUCCACAACGGGUUCUGGUUUGUGAAGCUUGUGGUUUUGGCUGGAAUGUGUGCAGGGGCUUUCUUUAUACCGGAUCAGGACACCUUUCACAAAGCGUGGUUGUACAUUGGUGCUGCUGGAGCCUUCUUCUUCAUCUUGAUUCAGCUCAUACUGCUGGUGGAGUUUGCACAUAAAUGGAACAAGACUUGGUGGGCUGGAACUGCACAAAAUAAAUGCUGGUACGUUGCAUUGGCCCUGGUUACGCUCAUUCUGUACUUGAUCGCCAUAUGUGCUGUUGUCCUAAUGGUGAUCUUUUAUACCGACCCUGAUGGAUGCAAGCUAAACAAGAUAUUACUGGGUGUCAACACUGGUCUCUGCUUGAUUGUCUCUAUGGUGGCAAUUACACCCUGUGUUCAGAAAUAUCAGCCAAACUCUGGUCUCCUGCAAUCUGGAGUAAUCAGCUGUUAUGUGAUGUAUCUUACUUUCUCUUCGCUGGCCAACACACCUGCAGAAUAUGUUAUGAAGGAUGGAAUCAACACCACAAUAUGCACUCCACAGCUGUUGGGCAACGGUCUUCAAACGGAUGACAAGCUUGUGUCUGUGCUGGGAGCCAUAAUCAUGUAUGGCUGUGUCCUGUAUGCCUGUUUAACUUCUACAACACGUUCCAGCUCAAUAACCCUGGGGGUGAGCAGCAUCUCAGCUCCUGAACCAACCGAAGCUCGAUGCUGCUUUUGUUUUGCACCAGAUGAAGAAGGUAACCCUGAAGUAGAUGGCAGUGAAAGAGGAACCCAGAAGGUGAUCCACAAUGAGAAGCAUGCCGUGGUGUACAGUUACUCCUUCUUCCACUUUGUCUUUUUUCUUGGAUCCCUGUAUGUCAUGAUGACUUUGACAAACUGGUUUGAGUAUGAAGUUGUUGAACUGGAAACCUUAUUUGUACCUGGUAACCCAUCCACCUUCUGGAUUAAAAUGGCUUCCUGUUGGGUUUGCAUCUUGCUGUUUUUAUGGACCCUUAUCGCUCCCCUGUGCUGUCCUAAACGUGAAUUUUUAGUAUAAUAUUUUGUAUUCCAGAAUCCCACAGUCCUAUUCCACCUUGUCAUGUUACUUAACUGGUUUUCUUUUAUAACAGUUUGACCUGUCUUGUACUAUUCUCUAGUAUGGCCUCCAUUUGUACUGUUAAGGCCUCUGUCAAUAAUCUUUCAUGUUAAGUUACAUUCCUACAGUUUUCAACUGAGGUAGUAUUCCAUACCUAAAUGGAGUUGGUUACUAUCAUCGGUAACAAGAAGUUUGAUUGGGAAACAAGAGGCUGAUUGGGCCAGCAAUUCAGUUUCAGGGAGGGGUGUACUGGAUGAUUAAUGAAGAAACUUGUUAAUCUGACCACAUGAAUAAUGUUGGUUAUAUUGAAUUUGCAUUAGGCAAACAAAUCAAUUUAGCAGAAUUAAUCAAGACUUCCAACAACCUGGAUAUGUGCCCCACGUUAAUAUUUUAAGCAGGAUAAAGGUUGUGUAUUCGUUGGGCUUUAAUAAACCCAGCAGUUCUCAUCAAAGUCAGUCCAGCAGGUUGCUGGUGGUUCCUAGCUUUGAGUUGGACCCAAUCAAGCUAGUAUUAUUUUCUGUAUAUAAAUCAUAACGAGUAACUUUUUGUUUCGCCCAUUGCAGAAGCAGGUUAUAUUCUGACAGCUUUGAAGUUGAAAAGGAUGACUGGAAGUUUUUAAAGCUUGAUGGGAAAAUAAAAAUUGAAAAUAUUCAAUCCUUCAAAAUUAUUCCAUUGUAUAGUCAAUGUAAAGUUGUAUGAAAAAGAAAUUAGAAAUCUGGUAUGCAGUUAUUUAAAAUAUAUAUGGGGGAAGUGGGGUUGGUUUUCGAAUAAUCAACUUGAAUUUAAGGCCAGUGUCUCCUUUGCUUGGAUCCCGUUGUCUGCCUUUCCUUCCCUUGCCAAUUUUGUUUGCUGAUCACGAAAUCAAUUGCAGUAGAGUCCUGUAUAAAUUUCACUGCAGCAGUUGGGAUUAAAGCAUUGUGGCUCCCUCUAUUACAGAUUGUCAAUAGAAUGGAAAGUGAAUGUGGCAAAAUGUACAGUUGGGCAAAAUCAGAGUUGCAUCACCUCUACUUUAUUUAACAUAUGAAGAAACUAAAUUGCAUUGAUUGUAUGGAGUGUUUUGAUGCGGGUAUUAGUAUGUAUUUAUUUAAUGUAGUUUUUUAAAAUUAGUAUUUGAUGCAAAAUUUUGUAUCUUUAUAAGAUUAAAAACAAACUUAAUUAGUGAUGUGAUAUAGCCAAGUUGUUCAAGAAAACUGGUUGAGAGGCCAAAUAUGUGGCUGUAAAAUAAGUAACACUACUGGAAGCAAGUAUCUGCUGCCUUUUGCCAAAUGCUUGGCAUAGUUCAGCCAACUAUUUUCUUCCAUUUUAGUCAAAUGGUAACUGUGCUGGUAUACUAAACCAUUUUAAAUAUCUCUGUAGGUAAAAUUCUUUGGUAAAUAAAGAAGCCUCAUCAGCUCCUUGGUUUAAAGACCUCAGGCAUACUGAACCAAAUUGGCAUUCACAGCUUGUGCUUGCUACCACUUCAUUGUUUCUUUGUAUUUCACAUUUUCUUUUAAGAUUACACUAAAAAGAGAAAAGCUUCAGUAACUACCACUUAUGGCCUUUCUAAAUUAACCAGAAUGGGGAAUUGACAAUGAAAUGGGAAAUGUAAAGGCAAAAGUAAUAGUUAACUAGGUUAUUUUUGAGUAAAAGAUCACAAAGUAAGUGUUCAGAAUGAUUGUGCCACUUCUUGUCCAGUCAGAAAGUGAAGCAGAGAGGGUUAAUGAAAAUGUACAUGUUAUUGAGACUUCCUGAAAUCCAUUUUGUUCAGAAGCUUGCUCAAUAAGAACUAUAACUGGUGAAAUCAUUUAAUUGUGAAGCUUGCACAUCAGUCUAUCAAGUGGAAGAGCCAUGUAGAGUAUUAUUUUGAUACUGACAAGAACUGGAAUUCAGCAUGUAGAUAAUGACAGAAUCUUGCUCUUUAACCUCUGUCUUGUGUGUGUAUGUAUACAGGGGGCAUUGGAGGGGAUUGGGUGCAAAAUGGCCAAAAUAUCUUAUAACAAUACCAAAAUAAAGCUGAAACACUUUAUUUACCUCAGUAGUCUGAUGCCAACUUUCCAGUAGCAUUAAUGGCUGGUGAUAACUAUGCUCUUUAAAGCUCUUUCCUCAGUUCCAGAAAGAGUUAACUUGGUGUAGAAGCUAAAUGCUAUAAUAUUGACCCACCCAAAACUUUUGGUAACUCAUUAAAUGCUAAGUAAAUAGUUAAAACUAUCAGUUAUAUGUAUGUUAAAGUCAAAACUGGCAAAUUUUUAAAAGGGGCAGCAACUUUCUUGUUGGAUUUGGACCAUUUGUGAGAAUACUGAAAAGUAAAAUAACAACAAAAAUAUCUGAACUAACCCUGCACUUUGAGGCACAGCCAGCAGCAAAUUUCUAGUAUAAUUGAAUACCUUAAUUUUUGGCUUAAGUUUCACCUUUUGUGGAUGUUUUGUUUAGAGGGAGAAAUGUGAAUUUAAUGCAAAGCUGCAACUUAAAACUUCCAUAAUAGCAGCUUUUAUAUGGAUGAAAGUUAUAAUCUGGAAUUUAUGAUAUAUUAAAGUGUGGCUCUGGAAAGGGUCAAGUUUAUAGAGAUGUUGCUUAGAAACUGGCCAUGCUGCAGUAUAAUACGUGUAUAUUUACAUAAAAUCAAACAUAUCAGUCAUUUUCACAUCAAGUUGUAUGAACUUUUCUAAGUGUUAUUUUAAUCUCCUUGGGUACAAAUGUUGACAGACUGAUCUGCAGCAGUUGUAAAGUAUUAUUUUCUAUUACUUUCUUUUUACUCCAAUACUGGUGCUAAUAUUGACAUGCCUAUUUAGGACUUGUAUGUUUUAUGUGUUGGAAGCUUUUGAAUUCUCCCUGUGGCCAUACCUCCUCACUUUGAGUGUUCUGCAAAAUGUCAUCUUAGUUGAUGACAUUCAGAUUUUAAAUACAUUUUUUUUAACAAAUGAACCAUGGACUCUGGGCCUGAAGCAACAGUUCCUGCAUAUGUCUGCACCAAUAAGACAAAAAUCAUGGACUUUAAAGAACAGGUUUUGUUAAAACAACUGCAUAAUUUUUUAAGAGCUGUGGGAAAGUUUUUUAAACAUGUGUUUAAAUAAAAAAUGACUGACUAAUCUCAAUUGCAAUAGUAAACUUUUGAUAUAAUGCUACAGCACCUUUUUGUUAUUUGUGUGGCCAUUGUUUUAACAUGACUUGUUUAUUGUCAAUUUUAAUGUUGCUUAAAUUAAGGUUGAGGUUUUAUUUAUCUGCCCAUAAAUCACUGAUUCUACUUAAAUGCCCAGUUCAUGAGGAUGGGUGUUGGUGGUGGAGAUGCAAGUUAUACCUGGCAAUACAACAAAUUCUACCUUAUGUUUUUGUGUGAAGAUUAUAAAUAAUAAUUUGUCUACAGUUUGCAAUAUAAUGCCGCUUUGCUGACUUUCUAUCUUACAAGUGCACAUUGUUUUUAUUGAAAAGCUCAAUAAAUUGGAGUUUUUUCUGAACUGUUAUUUCGAAAUAUGUUUGGAAACCCACAAAAUGUCACACUAAUCUACAUCUUCAUCCCUGAUUUAUUGUUUUAAUAAAAUUAUAUGACCUUGAAA